CCCCCACCCCGCUUUACAGACUCCCAGCACGCCCCCAAAAGGGAGUCUCAGGCUGGUGAGGCGGAGCUUACGGCCUCCAGCCUAGACCGCGGGACUCUACCUGCUCCAGAGCACAGCUACACGGAACCCACCUGUCCAGGUCCCCAUCCCAGCCUUGGCAAUGACCCUGGUGGCUUCCUCCCAGCGCUCCCAAAUCAUUCGCUCCAAGUUCAGAUCUGUUCUCCAGCUUCGGAUCCACAGACGGUAUCAGGACCCAAACUUCUUGGGGUCCUUCGCCACCUCUCCAGUCUUGAAUCCAGAUCCGUGGAUCUCAGCUGCAGGCCCAGCUCUGGCUCAGGCCCCAGGCUUGCCCUCGGGCCCCGCCCCAUUCCUUUUCAGCCCUGGGGACCUGAACCCAGAGCCAAAAAGCUGCCCUUGGAGGUCCCCGAAGGCGUCUCCCAAGAUCUCCUCACAUUGGAGGGAGUCCAAGCCCAAGGGGAACUUGACAUACCACCAAUACAUGCCCCCAGAGCCAAGACAAGGGUCCAGGACAGAUCUUCAGGCCAAAGGGUCAGCCCUGGGUCCCCCUGGGCCACCUCUGUGGGAAGAAACAAACUCACAGCAGCCACCUCCUAGGAUGAAGCCCACUCCCCUCCCUCCCUCCCUCCCAGGAGUCCCCAGCCCCUCGCCUCCUCCACACAAGUUGGAACUUCAGACCCUUAAACUGGAGGAGUUGACGGUCUCAGAGCUCCGGCAGCAGCUGCGCCUGCGGGGCCUCCCCGUGUCAGGGACCAAGUCGAUGCUCCUGGAGCGCAUGCGCGGCGGCGCCCCGCCCCGCGAGCGGCCCAAGCCGAGGCGCGAAGAAUGUUCCGCGGGUGCUUCCUGGCCACGCCUUAGGCCCAAGGCCCUGGGAGCCGCCCGGCGGCCGGGCUCGACCAAGCCAGGCCCAGCAUCUCACCCCUCGCCUCUUCCACGUGCCGCGGAAACCCUUGUAACAGCUCCGGCUCCCCCUCAGACUCCAGCUCAAGUGCUGACCCCUUCCUCAGCACCAGCCUCUGUGGCCCAGACUCUGGAGGAGGAGCUGCAGGAAGCCAUCCGGAGGGCUCAGUUGCUUCCCAGCCGGGGCAUUGAUGACAUUCUGGAAGACCAGGUGGAGCCUGAUGGUAACACUGACAGAACUUGCUGGUGGAUGGAAUGUGCAAGAAAGAAUCAACAGUAAGUUCAAGUUUUGAAUCGAAGUAAACGGAUAGUGUUCUGGGGAUGUGCAGAGGAAGAUUUGAGAGGUUGAAAUUAAGGCGAGAGGUUGCCACUGCCAUCUUUGAAAACUACAACCAACCUUGACAUUGUUUUAAUUUAGAAGCAUGUAAAAUGUGCCCCAAAAUACAUUUUUAAAUGUACAUUAAAAAAGAGAGAAUGCCAAACUAAUAAAUCAACAUAGGAUUGAUUGAUUGAUUGAUUGACUGAUAUAAAUAGCAAAACAUGGUUCAGCGACCACUACCCAUUCAAUCUGUAUUAAAUAAGACUAGCACUUUGAAAGGGGAUCCCUCAAAUAAAGUUAUGGAGGCAAAGGCCUAUUAGCCUAAUUAGUACUGUGGCAGCCCCUUCCAUACCAAAAGAGAGGGGCGCCAAGAGAACCACCGAGAGAGACUGUACAGACAUGUGAGGUAGUCAUUAGGACUGUGCAUAAAUAUUCUAGGGCAUGUGGACAGGCUGCUCUCGAUGGCCCUCUUUGAAAAUGGGUGUGACCCAUGACUUGCUUCAGUCCCUUCAAUGGGAGUGGCAAACCUUUUUGUCCUAUGUACUCAUUUUUUGGAGCAUCUUCCCAAUUCUUACAUUCUUCUCUUGAAACUAACUCCCUUACAAACAUGGCAGCCAUGUUUGUUUUAGGUGCACCUUCCCCAUGGCCUUAGGUAACGGGCCUAUGGUGAAUGCUUGACUCAAACAUCAACCUAGUUGAAGCAAUCAGGUUGACUCAGGAAUGUGAAACCGGGGCAGAGAGACACUGGGAAUCUCUGUUGGGUCCUUGAAAUAAGACUUCUCACUACUUCCAUCAUUACCUCCGUGGCCCACCAUCAUUACUUGCUGGGAAUGUUACAGUAGCCUUUUCAUUGGUCUCUUUGCCUCAAUAUGUCCCUACAGCCCUUCCUCCACAUAGCAGCUGGGUAUGUCCACACAACAAAUCAGAUCAUGUCACUCCCCUAAUUGAAACUCUCUUAUGGCUUCCCAUUGGUCCUAGAUUAAAACCCAAAAUCCUUGUCAUGGUCCACAAGGCCUUUCAUGGUCUGACCCUGCUAACGCUCCACCCACAUCUGGCUCCAUGUGCUCCAACCACACUGGCCUCGUUUCACUCUCAUGUAUAAAGAGACUCCCCCUUGCCACAGGGCCUUUGCACAUAAGAUCUCAAGUUGGGCAGGAAAACUCAUGUUGGCUUAGUUCAUGCCAAAGUCAUGCAAAUGUCUGCAAAUACAGAGAAUAUUCAGUUUGUUCCUGUUAUCUAUGGCUGCAAAACAGACUACCUCAAAACUUAGUGGCAUAAAACAAUCGUAUUAUUAUGCUCAUAGAUUCUGUGAAUCAGAAAUUCAAAUAUAGCUUGUCUCGGCAACAUGUUGUCAGGAGCCUCAUCUGGAUCACUCUAAAUGAUAGGUUGACUUGAACAACUGUGGAAUCAUCUGGAGGCUUCUUCACUCACAUAUCUGAUGCGUGGGCUGGGAUGACUUGAAGUUUGCCUCAGCUAAGACUUAAUUGGAGCACCUACAUGUGGCUCGUCAGUGGGGCUGGGCUUCCUCACAGUAUGGCAGCCUCAGGUAGUUGGACUUCUUACAUGAUGAUGACUGAGGGCUCCAAGAAUGAGUAUUCCAGCAAACAAAUGGAAAGCCAUGUUGUGAGGAAGACCGAGCUUUCCUGCAGGACAGGCCACAUAGAGGAGACUGAGAUGCUCCAAGUGAGCUCCACAUAAAUUCAGCUGCCUAAGGGACUUCAGCCAACAUUGCAUAGAGCAGAGAACUACCCAACUGGCCCACAGGACUGUGGGAAAUAAAAAAUUGCUGUCGUUUUAAGCCACUAUGUUUAAGCCACUAAGCAGCCCUGAAAGCAGGGAUCCUAGGCCAGUUAGAUUCACCAGCACAAUCAUUUACUGAAAGAAUGAAUGGACUCUCCUCAAGUUCAUUGAGCCAUGCUGGUCUCUGAAUUCUCAACAAUAAUCAUCCGAGGCCCUAGGAAGCCAGGGCUGCUGAUGUGGGGCAUAUGGUCUUGGAUAAACACCAGCUGCUAGCCAAUGUGGUGUUCUUGUGAAGACUGGAAAAAAGGUCCCCCAUCUGGGUGGACUAGCUAGGGAAAAAAGCUCUCAGGGUGGCCAUGGUCCCAAGGACACAUGGCUUGGAGAGUAGAUCAUGACUCUAUUUAAGCCCCACUUGCCUCCUUGGCCUUUAUGUAGUAAACAACCUGCUUUCCUAAUUUGUACUCUCUAUAUACAUUCCUGCCCUCUUCCUUGGUAAGAGCACCCCAGUUUUCUUUCUGCAAGCUGUCAUGUCCUUCAGAGGAAACUGUUCAACUCCCCAGCUGCAGGGGGCAAAGAUUUAUUGAUCUAAGGCUAAGCCAAUCCCAAGGUCUCAUUCAUCUUACCUUGUAACAGGUCACAUGGACAUAUGACAUACUUCUGGGAAGCUGCUGGAGGGCUUUGGAAGGUUCCCCUCACUCUUCAAAAUAAACCUAAGAUAAGA